ACCAAGAGGAAUACAAUGAAAUCAACCUAUCAACGUAAAACGCUGUCGUACUAACACCCAUAAUUCCUGCUGUUGCUUGUCUUCUCGGACAGUCUAAUAAGCUGUUCCAACUGGAAAAAAGCUCCAGUAGGUUCAAGUUCAUAUAGGCUCAAGAGAAUCUUUACUUCCCUUCCCUUCUCUUCGCGAUGGAAAUGGAUUCUCUCAUUAAUGGCAACGCCGCCGUCUCUGCACCACCCCCUACCACCGCUCUAAUUAACCUUACCGGCACAACGCCGUCCUCCAAACUGACGCAACUUACGGAAUCGUUAAAGCUGGAGCACCAGUUCUUACGAGUCCCCUUCGAGCAUUACAAGAAAACGAUCCGAGCUAACAACCGAGCUGUCGAGAAGGAAGUCUCUUCCGUCUUCUCCGGCGUCAUUGACGCCGCCGGUACAGAUAUGUCUAAAGACGAUGCGGUUGAACAUCUUACCUCUCUCGUGUCUAGACUGCAAGGACUCAAGAGAAAGCUGGAAGAGGGAAAUCGAACAGAGCACUUGCAAGCACAAAGGUGUCGUGCUCGACUUGACCAUUUAGAGUCAGUAGAUGCAGAGAAUAUUUCAGAAUGGGGAAACACACGUUUGAAGCGGAUUCUUGUGGAUUAUAUGCUGCGAAUGUCUUACUAUGACACUGGAAUGAAGCUAGCUGAUAGCAGCAACAUGUUGGAUCUUGUUGAUAUUGAUGUGUUCCAAGAAGCAAGAAGGGUUAUCAAUGCUCUUCAAAAUAGGGAGGUAGCUCCUGCUCUAGCCUGGUGUGCUGAAAACAAAUCACGGUUGAAAAAGUCAAAGAGCAAAUUGGAAUUCCAGUUGAGACUUCAAGAGUUCAUAGAGUUGGUACGAGCUGAAAACAGCAUGCGUGCCAUCACAUACGCACAAAAGUACCUUGCUCCAUGGGGAGCUACCCAUAUCAAAGAAUUACAGCGAGUCAUGGCAACAUUGGCUUUUAAGAGUCACACUGAAUGUGCAACAUACAAGGUUUUAUUUGAACUGAAACAGUGGGACAACCUGGUGGACCAAUUUAAACAGGAAUUCUGCAGGUUAUAUGGCAUGACUUUGGAGCCUUUGCUGAAUAUUUAUUUACAGGCAGGCUUAUCUGCGCUAAAAACUCCAUACUGUUAUGAGGAUGAUUGCACAAAGGAGGACCCACUUUCACAGGAAAGCUUCCGGAAAUUGGCAUUGCCAUUGCCAUAUUCAAAGCAACACCAUUCAAAGCUAGUAUGCUACAUAACUAAAGAGUUGAUGGAUACAGAGAAUCCACCACAAGUCUUGCCCAAUGGUUAUGUCUACAGCACUAAGGCGCUCGAAGAAAUGGCCAAUAAAAACAAUGGUAAAAUAACCUGUCCUAGGACAGGAUUCAUCUGCAAUUACUCUGAGAUGUUAAAGGCCUAUAUUUCAUAAGCUUCAUGUUUACAAAGAUAGAAGAACUCAACGGAGGGAGGAGUUUUCUUUGUUGGGUUCUGAAGUCAUCUGUGAAUACCAGUGAUAACUUGGAGAGAUUCCUCUUGCACCGCUGGCUUCAGCCUCAGAACUUGCCAUAUUUGUACAUCUGCUAAAAGCUUCUUUUUUUAAAUAUAUAUAUAUAUAUAUAUUGUUUGUUCACUUGUUUCAUUUGAAUUCAGAAUAAGUGAAACUGAGUUGACUCAUUAUCAUUGAAGACAGCCACUGUUGUUGAAGAACUAAGGCCAAGGCCUUAUUUGGUUGGGUAACUCAUCUAUGAAGUUUCGAAUUUCUAGAAAGUGUAAAAA